UUUUUGUUCCUUAUUUUUUUUUGUUUUAGGCCUUCAUCGAAUUAUUAAUAUUAUUAUAUUAAAAAAGUGAUAAGUACUAUGAUAAAUAGUAUAAUAUUUAGAUACUAAAUAUGGUUAGGUAUAAUGCAUUAAAAGGUCUUUACGAUUUGGAAAAAACUAUAGGAUGUGGCGGUUUCGCAAAAGUAAAAUUAGCAACACAUUUAGCUACGGGAGAGAAAGUAGCAAUAAAAAUAAUGGACAAACAGAUGUUAGGAGAGGACUUAAGGAGAGUUAAAUUGGAGCUAGAAGCUCUAAAGAGCUUUUCGCAUGAAAAUAUAUGUCAAUUGCAUCAGAUAAUUGAGACUGAAACUCAUUUUUUUAUUAUAAUGGAAUAUUGUUCGGGAGGAGAAUUAUUUGAUCAUAUAGUUGAAAAAAAUAGACUUACUGAGGGAGAAAGUCGAAUGUUCUUUAGACAAAUUGUAAGUGCUGUAGCUUAUUUACAUAGUCUUGGAUAUGCACAUAGGGAUCUAAAACCGGAGAAUGUGUUGUUAGAUAAAAGUCAAAAUUUAAAAUUAAUUGAUUUUGGAUUAUGUGCCAAACCACAGGGAGGUAUUGAAAGUCCAUUAUAUACAUCUUGUGGAUCACCUACGUAUGCUGCACCAGAACUUAUUCUCGGACAACAAUAUUUGGGACAGGAAGUGGAUGUUUGGGCUAUGGGAGUCUUACUUUACGCAUUAUUAGCUGGAAGUUUACCUUUCGAUGAUUUAAAUAUAGAUAAUUUGUAUAGGAAGAUAUUGAAUGGGAAGUAUGAAGAACCGUCAUUUAUUUCAAAAGACAGCCUGAGUCUUAUAAGAUCAAUGCUUCAGGUUGAACCAAGUAAACGUAUAAAAGUGACAGAGCUUUUAGAUCAUCAUUGGAUCACAUUAGGCAUAUUAGAACCAGUCCAGUAUCAAGCAAGAAGUUCAUCUAUGUAUGACAGUGAUUGUGUGCAAAUUAUGGCAAAAUUUAUAGAUAUUGAUGAGAAAAUGAUGUGGAAUGAAUUGUCCAAAUGGAAAUUUGAUUAUAAUACAGCUACUUAUUUUUUGCUGUCAAAUAAAAAGAAAAGGGGACACUCUUUGAAGCUAAAUCAGGCUCCUGGGUUGAAACUGUUAAAAUCUGAAGAUCAACCUACUACGCCUCUGCUGGAACUGCCUGUCGUCACCAAGGAUUACCUCACGCCCAAUCAGAAGGUGAAGUUCCGGCGGAAGUUCGGCAACGUGGCGACGACCAGUCCGAAUUGGUCUAGUCCGACGCCGAGCGUGCACAUUCAGGACGCGACUAGUCCGUUCGGGCAAUUUUUAGAGCCCAAAUCUGCCAAAGCGGAUGGAGGCAGCAGGAAAGCUCUAAAAAGGCCUAGGAGUCCGGUUCUGGAUGAGGCAUCGCCAGUACCACUGAAGAAAUGCACCCCUGGCAAAGGUACACCAUGUCGUACACCUGACAGGAGGAAACUUAAUUCAAACAGUGAAACACCAGGGUCGGCCAGGUGGAUGUUGGGCAGCAUAGAGAGGUCUCUUCACAAAGUCAGACAUGCGCUGACUCCGAAAAAAACACUCGACCAUCUAUCGAGCGUACCGACGGUACUCAAUAAUAAAGAUCUAUUUAACGUUUCAACCACGCACUGCAAGGACCCCGAAUUAGUUUUAACCGAACUGUCCAAGGGUCUGGAGAAGAAAGGAAUACUCUGCAAACGAAAAGGAUUCAUUCUAAAAGGCAGUUUAGAUCCAAACAUUUUACAUCGAUUCGGCGGUUGUUCUUUUGAACUGGAAAUCUGCUACUUACCCGACAUGAGCUUACCAAACAUUCUACCAACCAAUAAUCUAACUCCUUCGAAAUCCAUUCUUAGAAACGGUAUCCUGCAAAAAGAUGAACCUACGCCAAACAAAGAUACUGAAGCUCAAACUGCCUCUAGUAGUAGCGAAUCUAUCAAACCAAAUGAGAAUUCUUCAACUCUAAAAUGUCAAAAUAUCGGAAAUGCAUCGUCGUCAUACGUGGGGAUUAGGAGAAAAAGGCUAAAAGGUGAUUCUUGGUGUUACAAGAAAGUGUGUGAAGAGGUUUUGGCGUUAACAUCUGCUGGAUUCAAUAAUCAUGCGAAAGAAAAGUUAGAGUCUGCAGUUUAGGCAAAUUUAUUUUUUAUACUAUAUUUUAUAAAGGGAAAUCAUUUCAAGUGGAUUGAAUAUAUUCAACGUGGUUUUGGGAUGCUUCCUUUCUUCAUUGUACCGUUUGAUUGCACGAAGACAGUGUCGUGAUAGGCGAAGAAAUAAUAACAAUGUGUACUUGUAGAAUUUUUCAACUGUUAUGUCCCCGGAAAACUUUUAUUAUUAACGUUUUAUUAUUAAAAAGUAACCAUUAACCAAUAAAAGCUUUAACCAAUAAAAGCUUUAGUAAUAAAAAAUAUUGUUCAUAAAAGUUUUUGGUUGUUCUAAAAUGGUUAAUCCGGUUUAUACUUCUCAAAAUUUCCGUACAGUUAUAUAGAAAAAUAAAAAAAACAUGAAAAUAUAGUUGAAUUUUUUGAAUUUCGUUUUUUGUUCUCUGAUAGAUUUAUUUAAUAAAUAAUUAUAGAUUUUGAUUAACAUUUUUUCAUCACCUUUUCUAUCACAUGAAAAAUGUAGCAUUGAACUAAAAUAAAUUUUGUGGUUUUUAACAUAUUAAAACAGCAAAAACUAUGACGUUAAUACUUAACUUGUAUGAAGAAUGCAUUUUUCGCAAAAAGUUAAUAAUAAAAAAGUGUUUGCUUUUGUAAAGACAAUCCGCGGACCUGGUGUUAAAAAAAUAUAAUUUAAUAUUAUAUACAGUAUGUCUCCGGAUUGCCUUUACAAGAGGAAAAACUUUUUUAUUAUUGACAUUUUGCUUGUUCUAAAAUGGUUAAACCCGUUUAUACUUAUACCAAAUUUCCAUGCUGUUUUUAGAGAUAAAUUUAAAAAAUAUGAAAAUAUAGUUGAAUUUUUUCUAAAUAUUAGAGUUGAUGUCCUAAAAAUUAAAAUACGUUACUAUGGUAAUAUAAUUUCGUUUUUGUUUCUUUGAUAGAUUGAUAUUGAUAAAAUUUUAAUUAACGUCAUAUUUUGUGGUGCUUUAAAAUGACCUGUUAAAAUGUUAAUUUAUUUAGUUCAAUGCUACGGAAAGGGUGAUAAUAGUUGCGUAACCAACAAACAGCAAAAAAUAUGACUCCAAUCAAAAUUA